CAAUUCUUAAUCGUUAAAAAGGUUAGAACUAGCUUAAAUAACCGCUUUAUUUUUGGCGCGAAGUUGUUUUAUAGUUAUGUUUAAGUAAUAAAAAGUGGUGAUUUAUUGAAAAAUUAUACACAGUUAUCAAAAGGAGGUAUAAUGUUGUGAUAAUGUUACAUAUAAUGUCAUAAAAUUUCGAUAGUUUUUUAAAUCAUAGAAUCAGAAAAACAUUUACAAAUAAAUACAAAUAUUAAUUCGUAUUAUUUAUUUUAUUGUUAAUAUAAUAUGGAAGAUCCAGCUACCGCACGUUUAAAGAAUUUAGUAGUAAGCAGUAAUGAAGCUUUAGAAUUUAAAUUAGUACGUUCUGUUAAUGAUUUAGAAAAUGAUGAAACUACGUUUAAACCAGAAAUGUCCCAUCAAGUAUUUGGAGAUAGUGAAUCUAUAUUUGGCUACCGGGAUCUUAGAGUAAAGUUAUAUUACUCAGCAGGUUGUUUAGAAACUUAUUUAGGUAUGACUUAUUCAGAAAAAAUAAAUAAACUAUUUUAUGAGGGAGUUGAAGCUGAUGAAAUAUUGCCUAAAAUUGCUGAGAAAUUAGCUCCACAAGUACAUACCAAUAUAGAUGCAUUUAUUGAAUCUUUAAAAAAGGAUGAUACAUUUAAACCUUAUGGUGUACUGCUUCAUUCAUUUUCUAUUAAUGAUGAAGUUUGUACAAGAAAAUUUGAAGUUUAUAAAGCAGACAUGACGUAUAAAGGUUUUAAAGAAUAUCAUCAACGUCUCCAAACAUUUGUAUUGUGGUACAUAGAUGCAGCUAAUUUUAUAGACAUUGAUGAUGAUCGGUGGCACUACUUUAAUAUGUUUGAAAAAUAUCAAACAGCAGAUGGUAUUAUUCGUUAUGCAACUAUUGGUUUUGCUACUGUAUAUCAAUACUAUGCGUAUCCACGUCAUACUAGACCUCGUAUAGCUCAAGUCUUAAUUUUACCACCAUUUCAAAAUAUGGGUCUCGGUACACAUUUAUUACACGCUAUUUAUCGUGAAUACAUUGGAAGAAACCAGGUCAAAGACAUAACAGGCAUUGUCAUCAUUGUUGUAGUUGAGGACCCUUCUGUGACCUUUCAACGGUUAAGAGAUUAUGUGGAUGCAAUAAAUUGCAGUACAUUGCCUAGUUUUUCACGAGACUGUCUACUUCAGGGUUUUAAUAAAACAAUGGCUGUAGAGGCUAAAGAGAAAUUCAAGAUUAAUAAGAAACAAGCUCGCAGAGUAUACGAAAUUUUAAGACUACGGGCAACAGAUCUAACAAACGAGCAAGAAUAUCGUGAAUAUAGAUUAGAUGUGAAAAGAAGAUUGAAUAUUCCAUACAGACGCGAACAAAAUGAUUUGAAAAAGUUGGAAUGUGCAUUAAAGAAUAUUGAUAAACGUGCGAGCAUUACUUUACCUACACUGGAACAGCGUAUACAAAGUCUUGAGAAAGAAUACAGAAGCUUAGAAGAAGAAUAUAAGAAAGUAAUUAAACGUUUGGAGGAUGCAGAAGAACUUUGAAAUUUAAUAUUUCUUUCUGUUUUUUAUUUUUAUUAAGUUGCUUGUGUACGAAACGAUUAAUACUGUUUGAAUAUGAAUUAUCAGUCAAAACUUCUUUUGUUUCCUAUUGGCUCAAUAAAGUUUCUUUUUAUUAAAUAAUUUAUUAUGCAAUCAUACUUAAAUAUAUUUAUUUACUCCUACUUUGUCAAAAUACAAGUAGUAGACUGCAGUCUUAUCUACUGAAAUAAAACCCUAAAUUGAUUAAUACUGUUAAUUAGCUUUUUUGUAAAUUUGAUCAAUUCGUAGAUGCUGAAACUAAUAUUACAUAAUAAUGAAAUGGUG